AUGGACGGCCCGGAUCUUCAGCGAUUCCGCGUCGAUUCUCACACUUCUGAUGAACAGCCCCGAUCGCUGUCGUCCCUCGCAGACGACGCGUCCGCUUUAGCUGCAACCCAACAACAGCAUCACCAGUCACAUACACAGGAGCUCGCAGAUCCUCAGGAGGCGCAGUCGCUUCAGCCUCUACAGUCUGCGCUCGAACACUCCGAUCUCCAUCUCCAUCAUCCGCAGGAGCAGCGGCACCAUCAAAAUGCGAGUCAUCCGCUCAAUACACCGGCGGCUAUGCGGCCGUCGCGACCUAGCGAGUCGGUUAAUACGGAGCUGAUAUCUCCUCAGCAGUUUAACGAGAAGCUGCAUACCUACCACCAAACGUCCCGAGAGCACACAUUCCCGGGUAGCCUUUCAAAUGGGCAGCAGAUGCAAUCCUGUUUAUCUCACGGCGGCGAUCAAGAUGCACACCACGAGCAGGUGCUGUCGCAAGUACGUUCGGAUCUUGCGAAUACCGCUGUUGAGUGUAAUGGUAAUGGCGCCGACGAUGAUGGGCACAUGCGCAACGCCGGCCUGCAAGUAUCGCCGUCCUUUCCGCAUCAUUUGCAGCUACAGCCGCAAAGCGACGGUUACUCUGUGGCUCCGGAGCUCUCGAAACAGGAUGUUUGUCUGAAGGACAUGAAACUCGUCCCUGAUCCUCCGGACCUCGAAUACUGGAGGGAAAAGCUAUUCAACGUGGACGAGACGAUCACCUUGACUGAAGACCAAUUCCGAACCUACUUCCCGCACGUCGACAACGUCUACUCCCACCGCUCCACACAACGCUACAAGCGCAAACCCUUCGUCUCCCACUACUGGGACUGCAGACUCAAAGGCCGCCCGCCCGGGACCCCCAAAUCCGAUGACCCGAACAAGAAGAAGCGUAAACGCACCGCCCGACAACGAGACCUAUGCGACGUCAAGAUCAAAAUCACCGAAUACUUCCCCGGGUACGGUAUGGCCGCUGUAUCGGACUUUGCGGUGAACGGGCCCGAGACGUCCUUUCCUUCCUCGGAGUUUCUGCCCAGCGCGAACUCGUUGUUCCAUGAGUCGUCGGCCUUGGGACAGAGGAGGGACAGCCAGCCGUUCGGCGUGCUCACGCCGAAUCCGACCUUACCUGAGGGUCAUCCCGGGGCGAAUGGAGAGAGAUUUUUCACGAUCCAGCGGGUCAAUGGCAAUGGUGCGAAUGGGAAGAAUGACGGGGUGGGCGGAGGCCAUCGGCAUACGUUGGAAGAGAGCGACCGGGUCAAGAAAAAUAGUGUUCAGCGGUAUUUGCUGAAAGAGGCCAAGGAAAAGAAGAAGGCAAUCGCAACCAGAACGAUGCCCUCCCAAAGUGAGGCCCAACAAAAAACAUACCACACCAAAGCUACUGGCUUAGCGGCCUUGACCGCUAUAAAUCAUUCCCAUGAAGCAGAAUUCAAACUGUUCGGGAGUUGCUUCUGCCCUUUUGUACAACGCGUUUGGAUAGCCUUGGAAAUCAAGGGUAUCCCAUAUCAAUAUAUCGAAGUAGAUCCAUAUCAAAAACCUCAAUCUCUAUUGGAGGUGAACCCCAGAGGCCUGGUGCCAGCGUUGCGGCACGGUGACUGGGGAUCCUAUGAAAGCUCGGUUCUGCUCGAAUAUCUCGAAGAUUUGGAGGUUGGUCCACACCUUCUGCCGCCUGGCGAUGCGAAGUUGCGAGCUCACUGUCGGCUCUGGACCGAUCAUAUCAAUCGUCACAUCGUGCCCAGCUUCUAUAGGGUUCUCCAGGAACAGGAGGAACAGAAGCAGACGGCGAAUAUGCAGGAGCUUCAAGACGGUCUCAAGACGCUAAUUACGGCUGCCAGUCUCGAAGGUCCAUUUUUCCUGGGACCGACGAUCUCUUUUGUGGACGUCCAGAUCGCCCCUUGGAUCCUCCGGCUAAGCCGGGUGCUCAAACCGUACCGUGGCUGGCCAGACCCCGAGCCUGGAAGCCGGUGGGCCGCAUGGGUUAAUGCGAUUGAGGCCAAUGAGCAUGUCAAGGCGACAACUAGCUCUGACGAAUUGUAUCUCGACAGUUAUGAGCGAUAUGCCCAAAAUCGACCCAAUACGUCGCAGGUUGCAAACGCAAUUAACUCUGGAAGGGGGUUGCCAUGA